UCCCCGGCCGAGUUCGACUUUUAUCAGUCGCGGAAUGACUCGCCACAGUUCGACGAUGGUCCUGUCUCGGACUGCGACUUUUAUUGCUUUGCUCGUAUUUUUAAUCAACUCGGCGCUAUGUCAGAGUUCGUCGAACGAUACUUUAGAAAUAACCACGACAAGACCCUCGAGCAGUCUCGAGCUAGAAACUACGAUUAGUCCGAUCGACGAUCAAAUUAUAGAAAUAACUACGCUAGAACCCUCGAGUACUCUCGAACGAGAAACUACAAUCAGUCCCAUCGAGGAUCGAACUAAUAACUCUACGAGCGAAGCCGCAGCUAUUUUGCCAUGCGGAUCAGAUACGAGCAAUAAUAACGGCACCGUAAAGAGUAAGCGCGAAACGUACGAGGCCAACUUUAGUCUCAAAGCCAUUCAGAGAGCUCUGGAGGACGCUUUUCCCGGCAACGACGAGAAACAGCUGGAAUCGAUGAGCCGAUGCAUCUACAACGCGACGGUCGAGGUGGAAAAGUUUUUGAGCGAUCUGCUGGCCUCCGUCAAAGGCGAUAAUAACAGCAACAAAAACAAGAGCGACACAUCCGAGGAUAAUAAAAAACCAGCCGUGAAUCAGCAGCUGGACGCCAUACAGAAAGCCUCGCUGUCCAUUCAGUCCGUGUUCAACAGUCCCGACAUUCAGAAGGAGCUCACGGGUCUGCUCAAGUCCCUGGUGAACAUCGAAAAGUUCAACAAGGACGUGAGCGACAUAAUCGACAAGCUGAAGGACAUACUGGACGACGUGUCGAAGAAGUUGCGCGAGAAUAACAGCCCGAACACGUCGAAAGUCGAGGAACCCGUGGACGAGGCCGAGGCUCGACCCAUCGAUUCGGACGACGACGACGACGGCGAGCCGAUCGUGGAAGACGAGGACGUCUUGGAACCGGCCAAAGUGUCGAGGGACGCGCCGAAAUUCAACUGCUCGUCGCCGCUGCAGUACGCCAUCAAAGUGCUGAGCAUGGACCAGGACACGGACGAGUGCGGCGCGAAAACUGCGGACCCGGCGCGGCAGUGCCCGUGCGUGACUCUGCUGGUCGAGCCCUCGGGAUCCUCGAGCCAAGCCCAGUCCAAGUGCUAGAUAUUAUUCUUUUUGUAAGACUGAACAAUACGCACAUCGAAAUAAAGAGUUUUUAUUUACGUAAGAAAAA